AUGACUAGGAUAUUAGUAACAAGGUCAAAUACCUUGAGAUCCACAAAGAAACUAUUGACAACAACAAUCAACAAUUCUUUAAAAUCAAAUUCAAAUCGUUGUUUUUCAUCAAGUUCAACUUCAUUAAUUAAAUUAUUAAAUUCAACUAAAAAUUUAAAUAAAAAAAAGGGGAAAUCAAUGAAAGAAUUAAAUAUUGCUCUUGCUUCAGGUAUAUUAUUCGUUGCUUCUUAUAUUUCAUUAUCUUCACAUUAUUUAAGUGAUUCAGGUUUACCUUCUUCAAAUGGAUUAAAAUCAUUCUCAACAACUCAAUCAAAUAAUAAUUCAAAUACUUCAAAUAAGCAAAAUUUAUAUCUAUUGAAUGAUGAUGAAAUUACCAAGAGAUUAAGAAAUUUAGAAGAAAGUUAUUAUGUUAAUAGAGGUAAAGGUGUAAUACGUUAUGAUAUAUCUCAAUUACCAAGUAAUAAUCCAAUUGAAGAUGAUCGUUCAGAAUCUGUAAUUACAGUACCAAUUACUUCAGAAGAAAAUGCAGAUUUUUAUUUUUGGGGUAUUUAUGAUGGUCAUUCUGGUUAUUAUACUUCUUUAAAACUAAGAGAUGAUUUAAUUAAUUAUGUUGUUAAUGAAUUAGGUUCAAUUUAUAAACCUCAACCUGAAAAUCCACAAUUAAGAAUUAUCCCAACUCAAGAAUCAAUUGAUUUGGCUAUCAAGCAAGGGUUCCUAAAAUUAGAUUAUGAUAUUGUUCAAAAAUCAUUAACUAAAUUAUUGGAAAAUCCAAAUGAUAAAUCAAAUGCAAUUAAUGCCCUACCAGCUGCCUCGGGGGCAUGUGGUUUAUUAACUUUUUAUGAUUCAAGUUCACAAAUUUUAAAAGUUGCAGUGACAGGUGAUUCUCGUGCAUUGUUAGGUUCAUUAAAUGAAGAAAAUGAAUGGACUGUUACAAGUUUAAGUAAUGAUCAAACUGGUGAUAGUAAAGAAGAAAUUGAACGUAUUCAAUCAGAACAUCCAAAUGAACCAAAUGUUAUUAAAAAUGGUAGAGUAUUGGGUUCAUUACAACCAACAAGAGCUUUUGGAGAUUUUAGAUAUAAAUUAAAAGAAAUUGCCGGGAAAUCAAUUGAUUCAUUACCUGAACAUCUUAGAAUUUAUUUUAGACAACCUCCAAGAAAUUUAUUAACACCACCUUAUGUAACUGCAGAACCUGAAAUUACAUCAAUCAAGAUAAACCCUUCCAAAAAUGAUUUCUUAGUUAUUGGUUCUGAUGGACUUUAUGAAUUAUUAUCAAAUGAAGAAAUUGUUGGACUUGUUGUUAAAUGGUUAGAAAAAAACAAAAUUAAUGAAUCUUCACCAUCAUUAAACUCUAAAAGUUGGAAAUUUUUCACAAAAGAUGAUAAAAAAUUACCACAAAUUAAAGAUUUAUCAAAUCCAAUUCAUAAAGAAGCUCAAAGACCUGCAUUCCGUAAUAAAAAGACAAAUGAAUCACAUGAAUUUUUAUUAGAAGAUUCAAAUGUAUCAACUCAUUUAAUUAGAAAUGCUUUAUCACUUGGUGGUUCAAAAGAUUAUGUAUCAACAUUAGUUUCAAUUCCAUCACCAACUUCAAGAAAAUAUAGAGAUGAUUUAACUGUUACUGUUGUGUUUUUUGGACAAGAUGGAUUUAUUAAAGAAGAUGGGAAAUUAGAAAUUAAUUUAGAUGCAACAAAAGGUGGGAAUUUAAAUGAGAAACCGAAACUAUAA